CCUGACACCCCGUCUAUAAGAAGCCACCCGAGCUGGCCAAGACUCCGCAGGAUGCAGUGGGGGAAGGUGCUUGGGGGGGUGGCGGGGGCCGCGGCCCUCUUGGGGCUAGGGAUCAUCCUGGGCCACUUUGCCAUCCCCAAGGGAGCCAACCCGCCAGCACCCAGUGCCUCAGCCUCCCAGGACCUGGACCCAGAGAUCCUUGAGACCAUCAUGGGGCAGCUGGACGCCAGCAGGAUCCGGGAGAAUCUUAGAGAGCUCUCCAAGGAGCCACACCUGGCCUCCAGCCCCCAGGACGAGGCGCUGGUGCAGCUGCUGCUGCGGCGCUGGCGGGACCCAGAGUCAGGUCUGGACUCGGCGGAGGCAUCCACCUACGAAGUGCUGCUGUCCUUCCCCAGCCAGGAGCAGCCGAACCACGUGGCCAUUGUGGGUCCCAAUGGGACCAUCCUCUUCUCCUGCCGCCAGAGCGAAGAGAACCUGACUGGGGAGCAGGGGGGGCCUGAUGUGGUGCCACCCUAUGCUGCCUACGCCCCCCCCGGAACCCCACAGGUGGGCCUAGAAUACACCCUCCCACUGCCAUGGCCCAGCUGCCCGGCUCCCACUCCAGCUUCUCCCAUCCUGACUCAGGGGCACUUGAGAAAAUGUCUCGACUGGGGCUCAGCUCCCCCAGCCCCAGAGUUUUUUCAGCUCCACAUUCCAUUGCUACUUCUAUCGCCCAUCACUUAGUCACUCAGCAAACACGAAUGGCUCCUGCUCUAGGCCGGGCCAGAUACACGGUACCUGGACACCAGGAAACCAGGUGUGACUGACCUUGGGGAACUUGCAAUCAAAACCCUUUAUCCUGCCACC